AUGGCUUUCGAAAACGCAGGAUGUAACUCAGAAUUGCUAUUGCGACGGCAGGAAGCUACUUCUCUGCUUCUCAAUGACACCCACAACCCCCUCCGGCAUUUGCAGCGGGGCAAAAUUCACUUCCAGCUAGGGUUUCCUGAUCUUGCUGCCGCCGAUGCGUAUCGCGCGCUGACCCUCUUUGAGUAUGUUCUUGAUCCGGAGAGUGAAUAUGUUGCCAAAAGGAGGAUUGUCGGCGCUGCGAUUGCAGAUGGGCCCUUGGAGUUGAAAGGACCCCGGGGGGAUGCUGAUGGCCCGGACGAGGGGUUUGGGAUUGAAUUCGAACCCCUGCCCUGGAGCGAUUAUCAAGAGAAUAUCGGCGCUGUCUACAUCCUGUUGGUCGAUAGCCUCAUGAGGUGUGGAUGUAUGGAGGAUGCAUAUGAGUUUUGUGUGCAAGGCUUGAAACUCGCGCAUGGUACAGAGAGAGGGGCAAGGAACGAAACCUUGAGGAAACUGAUGCGUAUGAUCAAAGAGUCGUAUGCUGAUUCUCAACGGCAGAAAAACCAAGGCCUUCAAUCCGGACGCGGAGAAACUUUUGACCCUGCUGGCCUUCAGGUCCAGGGAUGCGCGAGGAGAGUGGUAUAUCCGUGGAAUUCCCAUGAGCCCGAUCGAAAUUCGCCCCAAAUCGUGGAGCUGUUGAAUGAGAGACUGAAGAAGGUUGCUCCGAAGUGUGAAGUCCGAGCCGUAGAGCUUCCUCUAUUGCACGGUUUAGAGGCUGCGGCUCGAACGGGGUCAGAUUCUGAGCGGAAAGAAGGGAUAUCAAUCCAGUUGGGGCUUUUUGCAAAGGAAGACAUUGCACCUGGCGAGGUGAUACUGCAUGAAUCCUCCAUGCUAACUGCUACCAAUCGUCUACAUGAUGAUUUAUGCGACGCCUGCAACAGCCCAUUGCCGCAGCUUGAUGCCGCUGAGCCCGCGGUUGCCUGUGAGAACUGUGAUGAUAUCAUUUUCUGCAGCCAACAGUGCUACGAACUCGCAUCUGAGACCUACCACGGUGCGAUCUGUGGAGAGGAAGGUUUGGAGUCCAUAGGAAAGGAUAUCCCGGACCCAAAAGAUAAGGCAGAUUAUCUAUAUCUCCUCUUACUUGCUCGUGCCCUGGCCAUGGCAGAGACACAACACAUUCAUCCCCUUGAUCUUCCGGAAGUGAGAUACAUCUGGGGCGAUUUCCACCGUAUGGAGGACGAUCCAAUUACCCCCCUUGUUUCCAUUUCUGCCCAGGAACCAGCUGCACUGCCGGCGCUGCCACCGUCCGCCACCUUGCCUUUCUCCUUUCAAUUAAACAUCCUUCAACCGAUGCGUAUUCUAGAGGAGAUGGGGCUCAAUCCAUUCGACGCAGUGGAACGUUAUGAUACCUGGGUUUUAAACACGCUCUACGCCAAGUUCCGUGGCACCGCUUCCGGUCGUUUAUCCACCUGGGAUGGCGGGCCUGAAGUCUGUGCGGUUCAUCCGCUCUGGUGCCUGGCGAAUCACAGUUGUGAUCCAAAUGUGCGCUGGGAGUGGGGAGGAGAGAUCACGUUUGUUGCAAGAGAUGAGGGGGAGAGAGUGGACUGGGGUAGUAUGGGGGGAAAGAAGCAAAGGGCAAGGGAUCGAAGCGGUGGUGUUGCCAUUAAGAAGGACGAGGAGAUUUUGAAUCAUUAUUGUGAUUUGGGACUGAAGGUCAAGGAGAGGAGAGAGUGGGCUAUGGGGGCGUUGGGUGGACCUUGCCAGUGCCCGAGGUGUGUUUGGGAGGAGUCUCUGCCGUAG